AUUUCUCACACACUGAAUACUUCACGUGCUCUCUUUCUCUUCUUACAUCCCCCCCAACUACUACUACUUUUUUUGUUCUGUUGUCUGUCAAAAAACAUUAAAAGCCCCUUAUCUCAUUUCUGUUUUCUUGGAAACUGUGUCUGUCAGUUUGAGCAUUAUAUAUAUUAUUGUUUCCUCAACCAGACCUCCUAGGUAGUUGGUUAGUUAAUUUAGUUAGAGUUUUGUUUAAUUUAGGCAAGAGAUCUUAUUUCCUCGUUUAAUAUGGAGAAGGGAAAGUCAUUAUCUUCUUCUUCAUCCUUUACCAAUGAUCUAUUUGGUCCGAAAGAGCCUACGAAAACGUCAUUAUUUAAUUCGGUUUUCGGCCCACAUUCUACGGGACUUGGAAGGGAUUCCACUCACUCUGCAACUAGAGGUUCAUCAAGAAUUCAAGAUCCAAAAGACCAGUCAUGUGGAAAUGCAAAAUAUGGAAAUUCAGAUAAUAAUGGUUCUCAAAGAAGCAGAGGAGACAUCAGUAAUAAGGACAAGAAUAAUUCCAUAUUGUAUCAGAAUGAAACAACAGAACCAUGCCAUUUAAGCUCAUCUAUUUACUAUGGUGGCCAGGAUGUUUAUUAUCCACCUACUGCCUCGCACAAUAAUACUUUCAAGAAAAAUGAAGAUGAUGAUGAUCAAAAUGGAAACAAUUCAAACUGUGCUUCAAGAGGAAAUUGGUGGCAGGGAUCAUUGUACUAUUGAGGCCUAGCCUUUUUUGCUAUGCAAAUUUGACCACUAUAUAAGAAAUCAAGAGAUUAGAGUGCUCCGACCCCUCCUCGGAUUCGUGCAUAGCAGAAGCUUAGUGUACUGUGACGCUCCUUUAGAAGGCCUUAGUUGCAGCAUUUUAGUCCCUUAAUUUGUAUCUUUUUUUGUGUGUGUGGUUUUCUUAGUUUGUUUUUUAUGGUAAUUGGCAGGACCUUAAGCCAAUUUUGUACAUGGAUAUUGUCCAAGUAGUUUAACACUUGUAUCAGUAGACAGCUUGUUCUAAUUAAUCUUCCCUCUCUAUAUGGGAUUAUGUAUGCUUGGAGAAUAUAAUGGGGAUCUAUUUAUAAUCAAUAGUUCACAGGGA